AGACAAAACAUAAUGUGCCAAACGUAUCUGGAAUAGUCAACGCAGCAGCAAAUGCUAAGAGCUAGGUUAGCUUGCAACGGUAGCAAACGACAGCAGCCUAUUCUAGCUAGGUUAAUGUUAUAUGAGGGUUGCGGACCAGCCGUCCGAGUUCUGUGCCGUACAAUGAAAUUGAAAUAUUUAAGCAACGACAUGUGUCGAAGCUAGCCAAUGUAACCACUUCAGAAAGUUACGUCGUAUUUCGAAAAUAAUUUAGGCUGUCAGUUUUUUCCCUGUGUCGUUACGGUUGUAUAUCCGGACUAGCAAGUUUUGCCACGUAAAUUGUCACAAGGUUCUGCUCCUACGUGUGUGUGAGCAGGCUAGGCGGUCGGGCCGAUCUCUCCAUGACAGCUCGCGGCCAUGCCUCCCGGAGCGCCGCCAACAGAAAGUUCCUCGAGGAAGACCUGGAGCAACAAGCACCGGUUCCAGAGGAGAACCCGCAUGGGCACAGACCGCGGGCCAGAGACUACCUAGAGCGGGCCCAUCUGGAGCUGAUGGACCCAGGGCAAGAUCCAGAGCUGGCCGAGCUGGGGCCACUACUGGGGGCAGCAUCCCCGGACACCAGCCCUCGAGGUGCGUCAGCGUUCCCUGAGGAGGAGGAAGGGGAGGAGGAAGACCCACACAUGAUAACACUACCGCUGCAGGCACACCAUGCCAUGGAGAAGAUGGAAGAGUUUGUGCACAAGGUGUGGGAGGGCCGCUGGCGUGUGAUCCCGUACCACCUGCUGCCCGAGUGGCUGAAGGAUAACGACUACCUCCUGCACGGGCACCGCCCCCCCCUGCCCUCAUUCAGGGCCUGCUUCGGGAGCAUCUUCAGGAUCCACACAGAGACCGGCAACAUCUGGACACAUCUGCUGGGUCUGAUCCUGUUCCUGUGUCUGGGCACGCUGACGAUGCUGCGGCCCAACGUGUACUUCAUGGCGCCCCUGCAGGAGAAGGUGGUGCUGGGCAUGUUCUUUCUGGGCGCCGUGCUCUGCCUCAGCUUCUCCUGGAUCUUCCACACCGUCUACUGCCACUCCGAGAAAGUCUCACGCACCUUCUCCAAGCUGGACUACUCGGGCAUUGCUCUGCUGAUCAUGGGGUCGUUCGUGCCGUGGCUGUACUACUCGUUCUACUGCUCCCCCCAGCCGCGGCUCAUCUACCUGUCUGUGGUGUGUGUGCUCGGGAUCGCCGCCAUCAUCGUGGCCCAGGGGGAACGCUUCGCCACGCCGGCGCACCGACCCACCAGAGCCGGUGUGUUCCUGGGUCUGGGUUUGAGCGGUAUCGUACCCACAGUGCACUUCACCAUAGUGGAGGGCUUCGUGAAGGCCACCACGGUGGGCCAGUUGGGCUGGUUCUACCUGAUGGGGGCCAUGUACAUCACCGGGGCCUGCCUGUACGCCGCACGGAUACCUGAGCGCUACUUCCCCGGCAAGUGUGACAUCUGGUUCCAGUCUCAUCAGAUCUUCCAUGUGCUGGUGGUGGCGGCGGCCUUCAUCCAUUUCUACGGCGUCUCCAACCUUCAGGAGUUUCGUUACGGCCUGGGCGGGGGCUGCACAGACGACUCCCUGCUCUGACCAAUCACAGCAGUACUUCCUGUUUCCAGUUUCCACUACACCUCACUUCCUGUAACGUCCUGUAAUGUCACCACCAUCCUGUCUGCCGCCCUGACCACCUGACGGAGGCAGCGCCCCACACACACACACACUCGCCCCCCACACACACUCUGCCAACACCACAAGGAAAACGCGUGCGUGUGUGUGUGUCAACUGUCCAAGGGGCCUCCGAAAGCUUCACCUGUGUUUGAUAGAGUGUGUAUCAUGUCUCUGACAGAACAAUGAAAACAAAAAACACUGAAUCAUUUUAACUCUGUACUUGAAAUACUUGAAGUGUUCAGUAUGUUAAUAUAAACAAAAUCUUGAAAAUGAA